CCUUUUUAAUUCGUUGUUGGGAAGAAAAGGUGUGUAAAUUUCGUGAGCGUCACGAAAUUCAAUGAAAAUAAAAGAUAAACGAAAUGCAAAUCGAGCCAUCGAGUGUGCCAAGUGUGGAGGACACAAGUGGGCAUCAUUGACACCCGUAGGCAUGAAGAAGUGCUCGGAAUUACGGCUUAAACAAAUCGAAAUUCGCCAGCCACGUGGGCCUGCAGCUUGGUUAUCCCAUAUAUACGAGUUUACAAAGAGACAUUGAUGUUAUUAUUGUGUUUUUGCCCUCGUUGCAGCCAAUCUAAACCGCCAAGAUGGGUAAGGGUAACAAUAUGAUUCCGAAUCAGCACUACCACAAGUGGUGGCAGCGGCAUGUGAAGACCUGGUUCAACCAGCCGGCCCGCAAGGUCCGCAGGCAUGCGAACCGCGUCAAGAAGGCUAAGGCCGUCUUCCCCCGCCCAGCCAGCGGUGCCCUGCGCCCUGUGGUUCGCUGCCCCACCAUCCGCUACCACACCAAGCUGCGUGCCGGCCGUGGUUUCACCCUGGAGGAGCUGAAGGGUGCCGGCAUUGGCGCCAACUUCGCCAAGACCAUCGGCAUUGCCGUCGACAGGAGGCGCAAGAACAAAUCCCUGGAGUCCCGCCAGCGUAACAUCCAGCGCCUCAAGGAGUACCGCAGCAAGUUGAUCCUGUUCCCCAUCAACGAGAAGAAGAUCCGCGCCGGCGAGUCCUCUCUGGAGGAGUGCAAGCUGGCUACCCAGCUUAAGGGACCCGUCCUGCCCAUCAAAAAUGAGCAGCCCGCCGUGGUCGAGUUCCGUGAGGUGACCAAGGAUGAGAAGAAGUUCAAGGCCUUCGCCACGCUGCGCAAGGCUCGCACUGAUGCCCGUUUGGUCGGAAUCCGCGCCAAGCGCGCCAAGGAGGCCGCUGAGAGCGAGGACGCCGCCAAGGGAGACCCCAAGAAGGCCAAGAAGUAAACCACAUCUUAACCUGAUCGUUCUGUCUACAACAUCAACCAGAAUAAAAUCUUAGUUUUUCUUAAACGUGAAUAUUUGUGCACAUUGUUGUUAUUGUCGCGUCUGGCGUAAGACUUAUCGAUAACCCGUGUUGCUAUCGAUAAGUAGCUUUGGCGCGUUGAAUUCAAACUGGCGCGUUUGUUUUUAGCUGCUGCAUCCAAAAAAAGAAACGUAUGUUGCUUGCC